GGGAGGGGGAAAAAAAAAAAAAGCAGCAAAAAAUGCGAGGAUGGUCGGCCCUCUCCGGGCUGAGCAUCUCCAUGGUGCGAGGCACUGCAGGAUGAUCCGAGGGAGCGCUCGUCGGGAGCAGGGAUGCUGAGGACCCGGCACCCACCGGGGACAUGAGCCUCAACAUCCCCACCAGAAAUUUCACCCAACGGAGUCCAACUCCCACGGGGGCGAUGCCACACCUCCCGAGGACACUGGGGACAUCGGGUUUUGCUGAGCUUAGCAGCUUUUCACCGUCGUACCGAAGGCAUCAGACAGACGCUCAUCUGCCCUGAAGUGCAGAUCUGCAACAGCUCCCGGGAAGACUCUGUCUCUCUGUCUCUCUGUCUCUCUUUCUCUCUCUCUCCAGUCCAAACCAUUACAAGACCUGACUUCCACCAUCUGGGAAUCUAACCCCUCUUAUGUCCCUUCUCCUUUUUCUACGAUGACUCACCAUAAUUUUUAACUUUGAAGAGAGAGGAAAUUAUGGGGAUCUUGGAAACCUGUAUUUCUCUCUAGGAUUUCCCCAGGGUCAGAUAAUCGGUGUUACUAAGAGACACUAAGAUUUGGCUUCUCCAGGUAAUGUGAUUUGUUUUCUGUGUGCCAUGGUGCUUUGCAGAGAAUGACAGGAGCCGGGACACCAGCGGUCGAGGAGGGGGACUGCGGUGCUCCGCGGGGCAGCUGGAAGCGCCGGCUCCACAUUCCGGCAGCCGCAGAGCUUGGCUGCAGGCAGGGAGGGCAGCAUGUCACCAGGGAAAGAGGAUUGGGAAGGUGUUAAACUGAAAAAGCGAGCUGGAGCUUUCCUGGAGGGUAGAUUGCCUGAGAUCGCACGGUUAAAUGUUAAUUAACCCUUAGCUGCAUGCCUGGAAAUGAGCUGAGGCCGGCACCCUGCGGGGUCCUCUCGCCUCUUCAGGGCUAGAUGGGGUUAUUAUUUUUCCUUCCUUUCUCUUCCCUUCCCCCUCUUUAUUUUUUUUAACUGGAAUUUUUAUUUUUAACCAAAAAAUAAGCCCUGUUUUACCAAUGCCAGUUUUUCCGUGCUGGUUUUGAACAGGUGAUGGUUCCUCAGGUGUUUUCUCUGUUCCACCUAAUGGGUUCAGAUGGGAGUUGUUGAACUCUGUCCCAAGGAAGGCAAAUUAACCCCUCCAGGAAGGGGAUAGACGUGCUAGGAAGGGAUCUGCUCUCCUCCCCCCAACUUUAUUCCAUCUCUCUCUUUCUCAGCAGGGGCGAUUUUCUUUCUUCUUCUUCUUCUUCUUCUUCUUUUUGUUUUCCCCUUUUUUUUUUUUUUUUUUUAAAUCUCAUCCCUUCGCCUUUUCAUGAGACUCUUCCAAACCUACGUACCUGUCCUUCUGCAGGAUAGUAGCCCUGCCCUGAACCCGACCCCACCGCCGGGCGCUGGGAAGAGUUUAGCAUAAGGAUUUCUUUUAAAGCCCAAUAUGACAGUUGCUACUGGAGAUCCUGCAGAUGAAGCUGCAGCUCUCCCCGGUCACCCGCAGGACACGUACAACCCCGAGACCGACCAUGAGUGCUGUGAGAGGGUGGUCAUCAACAUCUCGGGGCUGCGCUUCGAGACGCAGCUCAAGACGCUUGCCCAGUUUCCAGAGACCUUACUAGGGGAUCCUAAAAAAAGGAUGAGAUAUUUCGACCCUCUCCGGAACGAGUAUUUCUUCGACCGGAACAGACCCAGUUUCGAUGCCAUUUUGUACUAUUACCAGUCCGGGGGGAGGUUGCGGCGGCCGGUGAACGUGCCCUUGGACAUCUUCUCCGAAGAGAUCCGCUUCUAUGAACUGGGGGAAGAAGCCAUGGAGAUGUUCCGGGAGGAUGAAGGCUACAUCAAGGAAGAGGAGAGGCCGCUGCCUGAGAAUGAGUUUCAGAGACAAGUGUGGUUGCUCUUCGAGUACCCCGAGAGCUCGGGCCCUGCCAGGAUUAUAGCUAUUGUCUCUGUCAUGGUGAUUUUAAUCUCCAUCGUCAGCUUUUGCCUGGAAACGUUGCCCAUUUUUCGGGAUGAGAACGAAGACAUGCACGGCAGCGGGCUGAGCCAUCCCACCUACUCCAACAGCAGCAUGGGCUACCAGCAGUCCACUUCUUUCACAGACCCCUUCUUCAUCGUGGAGACACUUUGCAUCAUCUGGUUCUCCUUCGAGUUCUUGGUGAGGUUUUUCGCCUGCCCCAGCAAGGCUGGUUUUUUUACCAACAUCAUGAACAUCAUAGACAUCGUAGCCAUCAUUCCCUAUUUCAUCACCUUGGGGACAGAGCUGGCUGAGAAGCCAGAGGAUGGUCAGCAGGGCCAGCAGGCCAUGUCCUUGGCCAUCCUCCGAGUCAUCCGCUUGGUGCGGGUCUUCAGGAUCUUCAAGCUCUCCCGGCACUCCAAGGGGCUGCAGAUCCUGGGACAGACUCUCAAGGCCAGCAUGAGGGAGCUGGGCCUCUUGAUAUUCUUCCUCUUCAUCGGCGUCAUCCUCUUCUCCAGCGCCGUCUACUUCGCCGAGGCCGACGAGAGCGAGUCCCAGUUCCCGAGCAUCCCCGAUGCCUUCUGGUGGGCUGUGGUUUCCAUGACGACUGUUGGCUACGGAGACAUGGUCCCCACGACCAUCGGGGGGAAAAUCGUGGGUUCCUUGUGUGCCAUCGCUGGUGUAUUAACCAUUGCCUUACCAGUGCCCGUCAUAGUGUCUAACUUCAAUUACUUCUACCACCGGGAGACCGAGGGAGAGGAGCAGGCUCAAUAUUUGCAAGUAACCAGCUGCCCAAAGAUCCCCUCUUCCCCUGACCUAAAGAAAAGCAGAAGUGCCUCUACUAUUAGUAAGUCUGAUUAUAUGGAGAUUCAGGAAGGUGUAAACAAUAGCAAUGAGGAUUUUAGGGAGGAGAACUUGAAGACAGCCAAUUGCACCCUAGCUAACACAAACUAUGUGAAUAUCACCAAAAUGCUAACCGAUGUCUAGUCGCUAAAAUCUAGUCCCGUAUUUAAAGCUGAAGUGGAACAAUUGCAGAUAUUGAGUGCUGCUCUGCAUUGUAGUUAAUACAGUAUUUUCUACGGUGUAUAUUUGGUUCUGCAUGGGAAGCAAUAGCUGUGUAAGUGACUUUUAACCUUUGAUUUCCGCACCGAAUAAGCGUCCGUGCAAAAAAAAACCCCAACAAAUCCAAAACCAUUUUGUUGCCCUUCUCCCAUCCCAGGCUCGGGGGUUUCCAAAGACACGGAGGGGACUUGGAGCAGCGGGAUGGGGAUGCAAGGGGCAGGUCCGGGGUGCCACGAAUCCUGGUCCCUGUCCUGGUGACAGGCAGCUCCCAGGCACAGGGACCAGCUGGGAAGGGUCAGGCAGAGCUUCCUGGAGGGCGCUGCAGGCGCGGGCUUGGAUCGCUGGAGGCUCCUGCCCCUGGAAAGCCGAGCAGAACGCGGCUCGUGUUUCAUAACUGAAAAUGCUGCAUGCUGCAAUAGUUUCAGCCACUGCAGUGUGCCAGUGUGAGGCCCAGGGGAGGGAUAAUUAGUGUGACGGCACAUUAUUUAUUAAGUCUUAAAUUUUCUAUGCGAGGCAUCGGGAGGGACGAGUAAAUAAAUCAAGAGCUUGGGAUUUAUUUAUUUAUUUAGAUGGCACUUCCAUCAUCAAUAUUUCCAGGAUCACCAAAGACACCUCCACUGACACAUUGAAAAUGAGUUGGAAAAAGCAUCUUUUUUUAUAUCUAUAUAUAAAACUGGAGCAACUAUGCUGUGGCCUAUAAUAUAUUUAUACUGCAGUGAAAUUUAACCGGUAAUACAGUACAGCUGCAUGGAUAUUUGUUGCAUGAAUCUGAAUAUUUAAUACACACACAAAUAUAUAUUUUCUUAGUAGACUAUACAGUAUUCAUGUUUAUAGUGUUUAUAGAUUCUCCAGUGGCUCGAAGGAGAUUCCUGGGAAUUAAAAAAAAUUCCAUUAUAGUUAAAAACUGUAUGGGGAAGGUGUGUGUUGACAAUAGUUGGAUAACAAUGCAAAGCCUGAGAGAUAACAAGGCAAAGCCCGAGUGUCCGAGCAUCCAGACACAAGAGCUGACGAAUGCAAGCCAGGGAAGGUGAGCUGAAAGUUAAACACCUGCACUCAUUAUGGGGAGAGUAAUUAGUCAUUAAUCGUGGUGUCAGGAGCAGAAACCACGGUGGAUCAGAGAGGGCACGAGGAGCAGGUGGAAUUGCAGGUUCCAGCUCUCCUGGCUUGUUUGUUCAGCAGUUUUCAGCCUUUCCCAUAGAAUUCCAGUGUGUGUGUGUGUAUAGAUAUUUAGAGAGCGACUACAGGGCCGAAUCCUCAGCAAACAGAGCACUGGGGUAUCGAGGAUUUCCAGCUCAGGGCUGCUGGGAUGGGGGGACAGGGGCUGGAGCAGGGUGGCCUGCCCCUGGAGCCCGUGCGGUCAAGGUGUGUUUUGGGCUUGAAAGCUCCUUUUCCACCCCCUCAGGGCUGGGGUUUGCUCCUUUGUGAUGGAGUGGGCACGUGCUGAGGUGGCCUGGAUCCCAGCUGGCACCUCUGAGCCUUUGCUUUGCCUUCUGUUUAAAGCAGUGGGUUAAAGGUGCAGAGAGCCUGAGCGUCUCUCUCCUCUUCGUCCCCGGUGUUAUUUGGGGAUGGGUGAGAGCUGUUGAUCCAUGGGGAAUCUCACCCUAUGUGGGUGUGCUUGUGUUUUCCCCAUUGCUGCAAUCCUCAGGGAGAGGUGCCCUGUUCCUCUUCCUCUUCCAGGUCAGGGGAGACGGAGGAAAAUCUCUGCCAAGGUCACAGUUGAGCAAAGCCUCCCCGGGCUGGGGAACAGGGUUCAGUCAGGGUGAAUUUGGGCAGAACUGGGGCAUGAUCAGCCCUGACACAUUGCAUGAAGGGUGAGCACAAGGAGCCUGGGGAGGGGCCAGCCAGAUCCUUCCUUCCUUGGAGAGGAAACCCCUGCUCCUGACAAUAAUCCAACCGGUGCUAAAGUAUCCACGGCAAUGGCUCCAAAUGCUGCUCCAGAGCAGGAUCCAUUGCUGACAGGGCUCCACUUGGCCAGCUGGAAUCACUCCUUGGUUUUAUUUAAUUGAUUGAUUGAUUAAUGAACUGAAACCUGGCUGUAAUUAAUUCCAAGUGUCCAUGGUUUGUACAUGGCUGCUGUGGGGCAGAGGGUCAGCAGCAUCCCUGUGCUGGGGUUCAAGGGUGCCCAGCCUGUCUUUAACUGGAUCUCGUUAUUCUGGGAGUCCUGCACUCCCACUUUGCUGUGGCAGCCUGGGACUGGGAGACCCUGAAUCCCCUUCAUGCACGCACACAAAAAAGCCAACACAAGCAAAAGCAAUAAAACUCCAGUUCUGAAGCUCAUCCUGCUGGAUGGGACAGGGCUGGCCAGAGUCGCUGCCUCGGGCACCACUCCCAGGGCUCUCGGCCAACUUCCAUGGAUCUGGCUUGUGGGGGAUCUGUGGGGACAUGGGCUCACACAGGGGAUCUACCUGAUGUGCUGGGAUCCUCUGGGUGCCCUUAGCACCCGCUGGCCCCAUUCCUGCUCAGGGCUGAGGGGUUUUGUUGGUGGUUUUGCUGCAGGUGCUUUGGAGGAUGCUGGCACUCGGUGAAGUGUCCGUGGGCUUGGGGUGCUUUGGAGGAGCUGUGGCCAAAGCACUGGGUGUGUGUUGUGCUGGUUUGGUGAGGAGGAAGGUGAGGUUUUCCUUUGGGGAUGUGGGGUUUUGGGCACAGUGUUCCUGUGGGCUUUCCAAGGCCAGGCAGGAGGGGAGAGUGGAUCCAUGAGCAGGAUCCAAACAUCCAAACCCAAUCUCCAAGCUGGGGGUCCUGGUCACCUUGGGGACCUCCAUGGUCUCACAUCAGGGACAAAUGGGGAUGAAGAGGAGACCAUGCUCCUGUUGUCACUGAUGUGAGGUGAGGACUGUCCCCAUGGCAGGGGCCAGCACAGCCAGCCCCUUCCUUAGGACAGAUCCUGAACCUCCUGCACUCACCCAGCAGAGGCUCCUGGGGAAAACCAGCCCUGGUGGGAGAGCAGCUCUGGGCCUGCCUGGUUUGGGACACAAGGAAAACACCCAGGGUCAGUGCUGGGUGUUUGACUCAGGGUGGGAAGGGUGGUGAGGGAUGAGGCUGGGGGGGAUCCAUGCCUGGGAGGGAUCCAUGGAGGGGAAGGAUCCAUGGAUAGGAAGGAUCCAUGGAUGGGAAGGAUUUGUGCCUGGGAGGGAUCCAUGGAUGGGGGGGACCUGUGCCUGGGAGGGAUCCUUGGAUGGGAAGGAUCUGUGGAUGGGAAGGAUCCAUGGAUAGGAAGGAUCUGUGCCUGGGAGGGAUCCUUGGAUAGGAAGGAUCCAUGGAUGGGAAGGAUCCAUGGAUGGAAAGGAUUUGUGCCUGGGAGGGAUCUGUGCCUGGGAGGGAUCCAGGCAUGGGAAGGAUCUGUGCCUGGGAGGGAUCUGUGCCUGGGAGGGAUCUUUGGAUAGGACGGAUCUGUGCCUGGGAAGGAUUUGUGCCUGGGAAGAAUUUAGUGCCUGGGAAGGAUCUGUGAGCCCACACAGAGCAGAAGGGUCCAGACUUCUGCCUCACACACAGAAAUGGUUCCCCUACAGCUUUUAAUGGGAUUUGUGCCUGCAGGUCGGAGCUCUAGUGCUAUUUCUAGCUUUUCUUCUGACUCACUGAUGUGAUCUUGAACCAGUUUUUCAGGAGGAGACCGUGAUAUUUUUUUCUUUUUUUGAAAAUAGUUUUUCUUAAGGAAUGUGGUUUGAGAGAGUCUGGGCCUGUUUCUGUGGAGAUGCUGAGCAUCCCAAUGUCCUCCUGACUCUGAAAGGUGCAAAAAUGAGCUGCAAAGUGUCUCAGACUGAGGAUGCUAAAUUAGGGACUGGGGACCAGGAGGGUCCCACAGCUGUGUUAGGGAUCAUCAGGCCCCUAAACAGAGUCAGUCUGGCUCCUUUCCUCCUCCUGAGGCGCCUUUUCCCUCUCUCCAGGCCUGGAAUGGAAGACUGGAGCUCUCUGGUCUCUGGAGGUGCUCCUGGCCUGGCACCCGGAGGAGGCAGCGCCUCUAUUUUAGUUUUAGCCACGGUGCCGCGGUUUUGGAGAGAUGGAAAGCUGUGAUUGCAGAGCAGGUUGUCUUCUAACACCCAACCUCGUGCCCAAGCCUGCAGGCAGCCCAUCAGCACUUUCAAAUCUUCCAGAAUAUCUGCUGAGGGCAGUGGGGUGAGGCUCAUGUACCAGCUGGAUGCUACCAAGUGAUUAGGAAAAAAUGAUCUCUCUGGAGCACAACGUUUUAUUGGGGAAAUUAAUCUCUGCAGUGACUGUGUCAAAGUCCCACAGAUUUGAAUACUGAGCUAUAAGAAGAAAAGGAUCUCUGGGUUGGCAUUAUGAGAGUGUGGCACGUGGGUGUAUAAAUAUGGGCAUAUUUGUGCAUAAAUACACAGAAGGAGAGAAAAAGACAGAGGAGGAGGAGGUAUUUCAGGAAGGACCUUGCUUUGUUACCAGAUAAUUCCUGGGUCAGCCCUUGAAACUGCUGCCAAAGCCUUGCAGCUUUGCCAGAGCUUGCAAUACACUUGGGGAUGGGAGCAAGGGAAGGAGAUCUGGAUCUCACCUUGGGAGUGGAACCAUCCUGAGGCUCUGGUGGCAUUCAGCUCCUCCCAGCCCUCUGCAAACAGCAGCUUUGCAGUGUCUGUGCCCAACCCAAGUCCCAGCUCAGACCAUUUCUGUGACUGUGCAGGGAAAGCCAAGCAGAGGGGAAAGGGAUUUGGUUGAGAUGCAGGUGCAGUGCUGCACUGAGUGGGCUUUGGAAUUAUUGUUUGGAAUUGUUGGGUGUUAAAUCUCUUAAACUAUGGUGACUUUUGGUCCCAGUAUGGUGGCUCCUGUUCUGGAGUCAGGAUAGUUUUAUCACAGAAUCCUGGAAUGGUUUGGGUUGGAGGGGCCUUAAAGUUCACCUUGUUGCACCCCCUGCCUUGCACAGGGACACUUUCCACUAGACCAGGUUGCUCCAAGCCCCGUCCAACUUGGCCUUGAAACCUUUUCUCAAGAUCUUUACCAUGAGACCCAAGGUCUGCGUCCUUGGGAGGAGUUACCCAUGGGGGUUAUCCAAGGGAAUUAUCCAUGGGAGUGAAUUAUCCAUGGGAGUUAUCCAUGGGAGUUACCCAUGGGAGUUAUCCAUGGGAAUUAUCCAGGGGAAUUAUCCAGGGGAGUUAUCCAUGGGAAUUACCCAUGGGGGUUAUCCAGGGGAGUUAUCCAUGGGAGUGAGUUAUCCAGGGGAGUUAUCCAUGGGGGUUAUCCAUGGGAAUUAUCCAUAGAAGUUACCUAAAGCAGUAAUCCAGAGGAGUUACCCAUAGGAGCUUUCCAUAGGAGUUAUCCAGGGGAGUUAUCCAUGGGAGUUACCCAUAGGAGUUACCCAUAGCAGUUAUCCAUAGGAGUUAUCCAUAGGAAUUAUCCGUGGGAGUUAUCUAUAGGAGUUAUUCAUGGGAGUUAUCCAUGGGAGUUAUCCAUGGGAGUUAUCCAUAGCAGUUAUCCAGAGGAGUUACCCAUGGUGGUCACUCAUGGGAAAGCUCAGUCUGCUGCAGGGGUGAAGCAAGCUGAGGAAAGAAGGAGUCAGCCCCAAACCCUUUGGUUUGCACUCAGAUGAAGGCUGUGGCUCUCUCCUCGCCCCAGCAGGAUUUGACCUUCUCCCAUGACACAUCCCUUGGUGCUUCCUGCUGGGGACCAGCUGCUGCCCUGCCAGGAGCCCCAAGGGGGGACAAGGGCUCCCCAAAGCACCAGCCACUGCUCUGCCCUUCCCCAGCCCUGCCAGCACCCCUGGCCUCGGUGUCCCUGUGAUGUUUCUGCAUUUGGCUGCCCAAAAUUCCUCCCCUGCUCAGUAAUGGGUGCUCUGAUUCUGCUGUGUCCCAUCAGGGGGAGAGGGUCCAGCCCAGGGGUGAAGCAGCCCUGGGAGCACAGCAUUGAUUUACACCUGGGGACAGGAACCCCCAGCCCAGUUGUGCAUGAUAAGAGAUGAAUCCCUAAUUCAUGUUUUUCAUCCAGAGCGGAUGGUUUGGCUUCAGGAGCUGCUGGACAUUGUAACCACACCAGGUCCAUGCACAUGGACCCACCACAUCCCCUCCCCAGCCCUGCCUGCCUUUCCUGACCUUGGGGUUGGUCUUCUGGGGUUUGGGUUUUUGAUUAUUAUUUUUGUUUCUGCUGCCUAUAAGAUGUAAUUAUCCAUUUGCACUCGCUCCCUCAUUGUUUGAGACUGUGCUCUUGUCCUCCAAUGUCAUCCCCAAAGCACAAGGGGAAAAAAUGGGUAUUGGAUCAACCCUGCAUGUGGUGCCUAAUUUGAGCAAAUCAAUAGGAAGAGGAAAUCCAAGAAGGACUCAUCCUAAGGAUGCUGGAGCUGAACCUUUUGUUUCCAUGGUUACAGGAGAAAUGGGACCAGGAAUGGAGAGAGGCCUAUAAACUGUUAAAGGAGGACUCAUGGGAAUUUCAAGUCAUUUAACCAUGCAUUUGCUAGACACAACUUUAGACACCAGCUGGAUCUGAAUUGCACAGUGUUUAUAGAAAUUCCUGCUUUAUUGACAGCUGGGGGUGCUGGGGGGCUUGGGAAGGGGCUGGGGGCCCCUGAGUCAAUAAAGCUGCCUGUUGUAUAUAGGUAUACAGAACUGUGUACAUACAUAUCCAAAUGAGCAUUUGCUGUCUGGUUUAUCAUCAGUGUAUAUAAUUUAUUCUUCACAGAGUAUCACAAUUUUUGUAAAUAUCGGCACUAAUUAAGAGAAAAUAAAUAUGUAUAUUAUUGAGGA